AUGGCCCCUGGAAUCAGCACAGAAGAAUCCACAAUGGCAAUCAUGCCGCCAAAGAAUGAAGACAAUCCCAUCUUAUAUAGCGAUGUCAAUCAAGAGGAGUUCCAAGCCAAAAUAUCCGAGUACCUCCUCAACUAUGGCACCAAAUUCAACAAAGACGUGAUCUGUGGGAGCAGAGGGCUGUAUGUAUACACAGCUUCCGGACACGAAGUGCUAGACUUCACAUCCGGACAAAUGUCCUGCCUGCUCGGCCACGGACACCCAGAAAUUGUGCAGACCAUCACCGACCAUGCUGCCUCCUUGGACCACCUCUUCUCAGGCAUGGUAUCACCCCCAGUGAUCAGCCUAGGCGAACGUCUAUGCAAUCUUCUCCCAACCGGCCUCGACAAAGCCUUCUUCCUCUCCACCGGCGGUGAGAGCAAUGAAGCUGCCAUAAAGAUGGCUAAGACAUACACCGGGAAAUUCGAAAUCGUUGGACUAGGCGGUAGCUGGCAUGGCAUGACAGCGCAAGCACUAGGUGCACAAUAUCACUUCGGUCGCAAAGGCCAAGGCCCCCUGAUGCCAGGGAUGCUGAUGCUCCCGUCGCCAAAUGCAUACCGCUCCGUCUUCCGCCGCGCCGACGGAUCCUACGACUGGGAAGCAGAGAUGGAAUACGGCUGGCGCAUGGUCGAUAUGCAAUCGUGCGGAUCCCUCGCAGCUUGCAUCGUGGAGUGUAUCCAAUCAUCGGCUGGCAUGCACGUCAUACCACCGGGAUACCUCGCUGCUCUCCAACGGGAAUGCAAAAAGCGCGGAAUGCUCUUGAUCGUUGACGAAGCGCAGACGGGCGUGGGCCGCUGCGGCGAUUUAAUGGCUAUUAACCACGAAAAUGUCAUUCCGGACAUCCUCACCCUCAGCAAGACGCUAGGGAACGGGCUGCCACUUAGCGCUGUUGUUACGAGUGCUGAGAUCGAGCGCGUGUGCGCCGAGCGGGACUUCUGUUUCUACACGACUCAUGUUAAUGAUCCACUGCCUGCUGCUGUGGGUGAUAAAGUGCUUGAGAUUGUGGUGCGUGAUGGGCUAGUUGAACACUCUCGCGCUAUGGGUAAGGUACUCCAUGACCGGCUAAAUGCACUGAAAGAAAAGUAUGGCUGUAUCGGAGAUGUCCGCGGGCGCGGACUUAUGGCAGGACUUGAGAUUGUUGAGGAUCGCGAGACUAAAACCCCUGCGCUAGCUUUAGGUAAGGCGAUCGGAGAUCGUGCUUAUGAUUUAGGCUUGUGGGCCAAUCUCAGUAGCCAUCCUAGCUUCGGGGGGGCGUUUCGCAUAGCGCCGCCAAUCACGAUUACCGAGGGCGAGCUGCUUAGUGGCUUGGAAAUAUUGGAAGAGGCAUUUGCGACGACCCCUGGUACUCUUCCUGCGUGA